CAGAUCCCGAGAACAUUCGAGCUAUAAGAACUAUGCCCACACCUACCAAUAUCUCUACUCUACGAUCAUUCCUGGGACUGGUUAGUUAUUACUCAGCCUUCGUUCCAUCGAUGCAUGACAUACGCGCCCCACUGAAUUAUCUUCUGAAUAAGGAUAUCAGCUGGAACUGGACAAAGGAGUGUGAAAAGGCCUUUUGUAAGCUAAAGACAAUUAUUAGCUCAGAACUACUAUUAACGCACUACGACCCGUCUUUGCCAAUCAUCGUGGCCGCAGACGCUUCAGCCUUUGGGCUCGGUGCUGUCAUUUCACACCAGUUCCCCGACGCGACAGAGAAAGCUAUCAUGCAUGCAUCGCGAACACUAACCCCAGCAGAAAAGAAGUAUGGCCAGAUAAAGAAGGAGGCUCUUGCCCUAGUCUUCGCAGUGCGUCGUUUUCACAAGUUUCUUUAUGGUCGGAGAUUUACUCUCUUAACUGAUCACAAGCCUCUCCUUGCGAUUUUUGCUUCGAAGUCUGGCGUCCCGGCUCACUCUGCAAACCGUCUCCAACGAUGGGCCUUGAUCCUCUUGGGUUACGAUUUUGACAUUCAGUAUCGACGCACCCAACAUUUUGGUCAGGCAGACGCAUUGUCACGACUUAUCAGCGAACACCCUACGACCGACGAUGAUGCCGUUAUUGCUUCUCUUUCGACAGAAGAUCACGCGCAAUGCUACCUGACAACUGCUGUUCGUGCUUUGCCAGUCUCAGAAUCUGAGAUACAAACUGCUUCCAGAAACGACCCCAUCAUUAAGAAAACGAUGAACUACGUCACCAAUGGCUGGCCAUCAACUAAACUUGACGGUGACAUGAAGCAGCUUUACCAUCGUCGUGACUCAUUAUGUGUCGUAAAUGAAUGCUUGAUGUUUGGAGAUAGAGUGGUGAUGCCAGAAUCCCUACGACCGAGGGUGCUGAAGCAAUUCCACAUUGGUCAUCCAGGCAUAAAGCGUAUGAAAUCCAUCGGCAGAAGCUAUGCCUACUGGCCCCUCAUGGACCAGCAUAUCGUGGAUCUAGUAAACAAAUGUGCUCAGUGUCAACAAGCUGCAAAGUCCAAUGCGAAGGUGCCCCCGGUUCCAUGGCCACAGCCUGAGCAUCCCUGGUCUAAGAUACAUGUCGACUUUGCCGGUCCAGUCAACGGAACCACUUAUCUUGUCGUGGUCGACGCCUUCUCAAAAUGGCCGGAGAUUGUUCCCGUCACUCCACCAACGACCACCCAGACUCUGAAACAUCUGACUGAGUUGUUCGCACGAAACGGUUUACCGGAAGUGAUUGUAUCCGACAACGGUUCGCAGUUCACCUCGGCGCAGUUCCAAGAGUUCUGCAAACGCCUAACCAUCAGGCAUCUUCGCGCCCCACCUUAUCACCCACAAUCGAAUGGGCAAGCGGAAAGGUUCGUGGAUACGUUCAAGAGGGCCCUUAUUAAGUCAAAAGGGGAGGGGUUACCAGUGGAAACACUGCAGAGUUUUUUAUUCGCCUACAGAACGACCCCCAACGUUACGCUGCCAGAGCAGAAGUCCCCCGCAGAGAUCCUCAUGGGAAGACGGUUGAGGACCAUCCACAACUUGAUGCUGCCGAGAACCACACCACCACUAGUACAAACCACGUCCCGGAAGCUACCCACGUACAACGUUGGAUGCCCAGUAUUUGCUAGGGACUACAGAGCAAGUCGUGACCCUUGGAUCGAAGCACGUGUGGUUAGAAGGGUAGGAGAAGUCAUGUACGAGGUUGAGGUGGGAGCGGACAGAUGGACCAGACAUCGAAAUCAACUACACAAGCGGUUAACGCCAGAGCGCCCAUCGACCGAAGUAAAGAUUCCGCUGGACAUACUAUUGGAUACCUUUAAUCUGCCGGCAGUCCCAACGCAUGAAGAAACACAAAAGGUCGACCUACGGUCCCGAAGAUGGUCACUGCGCCAACGGCAAAAGACAGUCAGAAUGCAAGUGGACCCGAAGAAUGUGUGUUAUUAAAAGGGGGAGGUGUUGGGGAUGUCAAUCCCCACAACUACCCACUAUUCCUAGAAAACCUGAAUGGAACAUUGAAGUAGGCCCCCCGACCCUACUUGAAAUUCAGAAGGCUAUAGGUAAUCUGAAACGAGGAAGAGCAGCUGGUCCUGAUGGAUUGGCCCCAGAGGUCUUUAAAUAUGGUGGUCCGAUUUUAGCGAUUAGGUUGACUAAUAUUCUGGCUAAAAUCUGGAAGACGGAUGUAAUCCCAUCCGACUGGUCACAAUCACUGAUUGUCCCAAUAUAUAAAAAGGGGUCAAAAUCAUCCUGCGAUAACCAUAGAGGGAGUAGUCUGACUAACAUAGCAUCUAAAAUACUGGCCUCAAUAAUUAUCGGGCGCCUAACUAAGACUCGUGAACUGCAAACACGAGAAAAUCAGGCUGGCUUCAGACCUGGUCGUGGCUGUAUCGACCACAUAUUCACCAUUCGUCAAGUUUUAGAGCACAGACACGCUUAUCGGCGUCCGACAAUGAUAGUUUUUCUUGACUUGAAAGCAGCAUUUGACUCUGUAGACCGAGAGGUUCUGUGGCAGUGUCUGUCAUUGAAAGGUGUACCUGAGAAGUACAUAAACCUUGUGAAGGCUCUUUACUCGAACACUACCAGUUGAGUGAGAGCUUAUGGCGAACUGUCAUAUGAUUUUACAACCUCAAGUGGUGUCCGUCAAGGUUGUCCACUAUCCCCAUUUUUGUUUAACUUCAUUAUAGACCUGUUGCUGGAAAUAACACUCUCUUCGACUGAAUUUACAGGAAUUGAUCUCCUACCAGGGGGACCACUAAGCGACUUAGAAUACGCAGAUGACAUAGUCCUGUUUGGUGAAGACGCUGGCAAAAUUCAGAGUCUUCUGUUGGAACUGAGUAAUAAUGCCAGGAUGUUUGGAUGCGUUUCUCCCCAUCCAAAUGUAAAUUGUUACUCCAGGACUGGCCUGCGUCAACACCCGAACUAAGGAUAGGGAGUGAAGUAGUCGAACGCGUCGACAACUUCACUUAUCUUGGAAGUCUGAUCAGCCCUAAUGGGUUGGUGUCUGACGAAAUCUCAGCACGGAUUCAAAAAUCUCGUUUGGCUUUUGCCAACUUACGUCACCUAUGGCGUAGACGAGAUAUCCGUCUAUCAAUUAAGGGACGAGUAUACUGCUCAUCAGUUCGCUCUGUUCUACUUUACGGCUGUGAAACAUGGCCAUUAAGAGUAGAAGAUACUCGUAGGUUACUAGUAUUUGACCACAGAUGCCUUAGAAAUAUUGCUCGCAUCUGCUGGGAUAACCGGGUAAGUAAUAGUGAGGUUAGACACAGGGUGUUAGGGAACGAUGGUAAAUCAGUUGAUGAGGUGAUGAAUCUUCAUCGAGUGAGAUGGUUGGGCCAUGUGUUACGUACGCCUGAACACCGAUUACCACGACGCGCUAUGAUGACUAGUGUAGGGGAUUGUUGGAAGAGAGUUAGGGGCAGCCAAACCAAAACAUGGCAUCAGUGUUUGAAGUCACUAACUUCUAGUCUGAGCCAUGUUGGCAGAUGCAGACUACCUGGUUGGGGUCCGCGUGACUAUCGUAACCAAUGGUUGGAGACUCUGUGUGACAUGGCUCAGAAUCGAUCAUAAUGGCGUAGGUGUAUACACUCUUUAUCUUCCCUUAAACCUUGAGACUAAAAUUGCUUCAUAUCUCUCUUCCUUCCUGUACUAUAUCCUUAUAUACAACCUAUAAUUUAUAUACUACUACCAACACUAAAUUAACUACUAUGAAUCCGGUGUUCAUCUUGUUGUGCUAACGAGGUAUGGCAACUUGGACCGCUGCAUAUAUGUGCCUGGUCCUACGUUGUAGCUGACUGUCUGACUGGGGAUGUCAAAUCCCCAGAACUUACUUGAUAAGUGGCUCAAUUUUGUAAUUUUAUUUUGGAAAUUUGAAUUUAGCUGUUUUCGCGCCAAACGUGCUCUUAUUACCUUCACAUCAUAUUUCCCACUUGUAACUAUCUUAAACGCUAUUGGUCAAUUGUUUCUUUGUGUGUGCUAUUUAUUAACGAUGCCCAAGGACAUUUUGUUGCUGUAUAAAUACGCUUGACUUUUUCCCUUAUUUGAUUGCUGUGCUUCUGGCUGCUACGGAAUAUAACUUCCCCGCUCC